AUGCAUUUUUUUGCUUUCAUUGAUCCAACUGAUGUCUUGAACAAUGUCGUCAUGCAUCUCUUGGUGCACACACCUCUGACCCUACAUGAAAUGAACUUGAUUUUUUGGGCUCUCAACGAGGUCAAGGCAGCACAGAACAACGACCUGCUCAACACCUUCUUUACCCGAAUCCAGCAACAUGAUAUCCUUUCAACACCCCGGGUCUGUUCUACCUCCAGACCAACUGUUGAUCAACUUAAUACCACAACAGUGGUGAAACCGAAGACGAUGAUCUCUCUCUCUCCAGGGACAAAAAUUAAGACUGGAGCUCCAUGCAGAUCUGAGGGUCUUGCCAAGUUCAACCAGCUUUUGCGUAUCCAGGAGGAGUUGGGAUCUGAGGCCGUUUACGCUGGACUCAACUUCCGCACACCUGUGGAGCCUUAG